AUGGAUUCCGAAGAGAUCUUGAGGCAAUUGACCACUGAAGAGAAAAUCUCUCUUUUGUGUGGAUACGAUAACUGGCAUACUUACCCCAUCGAUAGAUUUGAUUUACCUAAAGUUAGGUUCACGGAUGGUCCAAAUGGUGUUAGAGGUACUAAGGCUUUCAAUGGAAGUUCAGCGGCCUGUUUUCCUUGUGGUACGGCAAUGGGUUCAACAUUUAAUAAGACGUUGUUAAUAGAAGCGGGUCAAUUGAUGGCUAUUGAAUCGAAACAUAAAGGUGCUCAUGUGAUCUUGGGACCAACAUGUAAUAUGCAAAGAGGUCCUUUGGGUGGCAGAGGAUUCGAAAGUUUUUCCGAAGACCCCUACUUAUCCGGUUUAUCUUCGAGUUCGAUUAUUCGAGGAAUGCAACAAGAAAAUAUUGCUGCUACUAUCAAGCAUUUCGUUUGCAAUGAUUUGGAACACGAACGUAAAGCUUCAGAUUCUAUAUUAACAGAAAGAAAUUUGAGGGAAAUUUAUUUGGAACCAUUCAGGUUAGCAGUGAAAUACUCCAACCCCAAAUGUUUUAUGACAUCCUAUACUAAAGUGAAUGGUGACAGGGCAUCACAGAGUAAAAAACUUUUGAAAGAUAUCUUACGAGACGAGUGGGGCUGGGAUGGGGUUGUUAUGAGUGAUUGGCAUGGACUAUAUACAGCUAAAACGGCUCUUGAAAACGGUUUAGACUUAGAGAUGCCGGGUCCGACUUAUUACAGACAGGUGAAAUCAAUCAAACAUAUGGUUGACUCGAGAGAACUCAAUGUUCAGGACUUGGAUGAUCGGGCUAGAAACAUUAUCAACUUGAUAGAGUACAGUAAGUCUGCAGGAAUCCCUGAAGACAAAUUAGAAGAUGAACUCAAUAAUACCGAGAAAACCUCAGAAACUCUCCGAAGAAUUGCUUCCGAAUCAAUUGUCUUAUUGAAGAAUGAAGAUAACAUUUUACCAUUGAAAAGGGAAGAGAAAAUUGCCAUAAUUGGGCCAAAUGCAAAAAUUUGCACCUUUAGUGGUGGUGGAUCAGCAUUUUUGAGGCCCUAUUACGUUACUUCUCCCUAUGAAUCAAUUGUUUCAAAACUUUCAUAUGUACCUGACUACUCAGUUGGCUGUUAUGGCUUCAAAACAUUACCAUCUUUAGCUACCCAAUUGAUCAAUCCAGUUACCGGUAAAAAAGGAUAUAACAUGAAAUUUUUUUUACAUCCUGCCGAAUAUGGACCUGUGGAAACUAGAGAACAGUUUGAUGAAUUGAAUUUGGAUCAGUUUUAUAUUUUUUUACAAGAUUAUCGUCACCCAAAAAUCAAAAAUGAUUUAUAUUUUAUCGAUAUUGAAGGGAUAUUCGUUCCAGACGAAACAGGAGAAUAUAUAUUUGGGUGUACGGUAUUAGGAACUGCUUUGUUGUAUGUUGAUAACAAAUUAUUGGUAGACAAUAAAACACAUCAGAAGAAAGGUACUUCGUUUUUUAAUUCAGGGAGUGUUGAAGUUUCAAAUACCAUAUAUUUAGAAAAAGACGCUAAAUACAAAAUUAGAUUAGAAUUCGGCUCACGUCCAACAUUUUCAGCUCCUGAUGCUACAGUGGUAGAUUUCGGUGGUGGAGGGGGAAUCAAUUUCGGGGCCAUAAAGAAAAUAGAUCCUGACGAAGAAAUCGAAAAGGCUGUUAAAAUUGCAAAAAACAAUGAUAAAGUUGUCUUGUCCAUCGGCUUGACUCAUGAAUGGGAAACUGAGGGAAGUGAUCGUCCUAAUAUGGAGUUACCCUUAUUAACUAACAAAUUGGUCAGUUCUGUCUUGAAAGCUAAUUCUAAUACAGUCAUUGUUAAUCAAUCAGGCACUCCUGUUGAAUUUCCAUGGUUGGAAGAUUCUAAGUGUUUAGUCCAAGCAUGGUAUGGCGGUAAUGAAGCAGGUAAUGCUAUUGCUGAUGUAUUAUUUGGAGAUUAUAAUCCAAGUGGAAGACUACCUUUAACGUUCCCCAAAAAGUUGAAAGAUAACCCUACCUAUCUUAAUUUCAAAACGGAAAGAGGUAGAGUCUUGUAUGGAGAAGACAUCUUCAUGGGAUAUAGAUAUUACGAAAAGAUGGAAAAAGAGGUGGCUUUCCCUUUUGGGCAUGGAUUAUCAUAUACUUCUUUCGAACAUAACAAUCUUGAAAUUUCGAUCGAUGAAAAUAAGGACUUAUUGAAAGUGAAUGUUGAUAUAAAGAAUGUUGGGAAUUUAGAUGGGUCUGAAGUAAUUCAAUUAUAUAUUUCCCAUGAUUCGUCAACUAUUCGUCCAGUGAAAGAAUUAAAAGGUUAUCAAAAAAUCCAUUUGCUUGUGGGAAAAUCUAAGAAUAUCGAAUUCACUCUAUCAUUAAAGGAUUCAACUUCAUUUUUCGAUGAAUGUUUCGAUAAAUGGCACAUGGAAGAGGGAGAUUAUAAAGUUCUAAUUGGAAAAUCCAGUGAAAAUAUUCAAUUAGUUGACAUAUUCACCAUCAAGAGAAGUAAAUUAUGGUUAGGUUUGUAA